UCUCACUCAUUGACAAACUGAUACAUUUUUUUGUGAACACAACAACUUUGUAAAUGAUGGGAUAUUUGGGGUUUGUGUCAAGAUUCACAUGGCCUGACAAACAAAUGUAUCUAUUUUCAGAUAUGGCUUCCUCCCUGAAUGAAAGCCAAUUCCAGUGCUCCAUCUGUCUAGAGUUGUUCACUGACCCAGUUUCCACUCCAUGUGGCCACAACUUCUGUAAGAAUUGUAUCGGGGGGUAUUGGGAUAUCAGUGACCUGUGCCAGUGUCCUUUGUGUAAGGAGACAUUUUACAGAAGGCCUGAGCUUCGAAUCAACACGUCGUUCAGAGAAGUUGUUGAUCAUUUUAGGAAUAUGAGAGUUAAUGAAGGGUGCAUUGCUGCAACUGGAGAAGUGGCCUGUGACAUCUGCUCUGGGAGGAAGCUCAAGGCCCUGAAGUCCUGCCUGGUGUGUCUGACCUCUUACUGUGAGAUUCACCUGGAGCCUCAUCAGAGAGUGGUGAAUCUGAAGAGACACAAGCUGAUUGACCCUGUGGAGAACCUGGAGGACAGGAUGUGCAAGAAGCAUGAUAGGCUGCUGGAGCUGUUCUGUAGGAGCGACCAGACAUGUGUGUGUCAGUUUUGUGCUGAGACAGACCACAAACAUCACCACACUGUGCCACUACAAACAGAAUCGCAACUAAAGAUGGCUCUUAUUCGGAGGUCAAAGGCGGAUGUGCAGCAGAUGAUCAAAGACCGGCAGCUGAAGGUGGAGGAGAUCAACGCUUCAGUGAAGUUAAGUAGAUUUCCUAGGAACAAUGCAGAGAGUGAAAUAGAGGACAGUGUUGAAGUCUUCACUGCACUGAUGCGAUCUAUUGAGUCAAGCCAGGCUGAACUCAUAGAGGUGAUUGAGGAGAAGCUGAAAUCAGCAGAAAGGCAGGCAGAAGGGCUCAUCAAUGACCUGGAGCAGGAAAUCACUGAGCUACAGAGGAGAAGUACUGAGCUGGAGCAGCUUUCACACACUGAGGACCAUCUCAACCUUCUACAGAGCUUUUACAAGCAAACUACCCUUCCAAAAUAUAAAAGCUGGACUAAUGUUGCUGUUUAUCAAGUCAUCUUCUUGGGCUGUGUUCGAAAUACAGUCCUUCAAGUGAAAGACUCCACCGAAGACCAAAUAAGAAAGCUGUCAGCUAUUGAACUGAAAGAGAUGCAGAAAUAUGCAGUGGACGUGACGAUGGACCCCAACACUGCAGGCCCAUGGCUUAUCCUCUCUAAUGAUGGAAAACAAGUGAGAAAAUCGCCAAGGAAAUUGAAAGUCCCAGGUAAUCCUGAGAGAUUCACUGAGGAUGUCUGUGUCCUGGCCAAACAAGGGUACAACGAUGGGAAACAUUAUUGGGAAGUUGGGUUACAGGAGAAAUCAAACUGGGUUAUAGGAGUAGCUUGCGAGACAGUGCCUAGGAAGGAAUUGAUUUCAGCUGAGCCUGAGAAAGGGUUAUGGACUCUGUGUCACAGGGAUGGCAAGGAAUAUCUGGCGUUCACAAAAAUUCCACGCCUUAUUUUACCUUUUCCCCGACCCCAGAAAGUCGGUGUCUUCCUGGAUUAUAAGGAAGGGCAAGUGUCAUUCUUUGAUGUUGAUGCAAAGUCUCACCUAUUCACUUACACAGGGUGCAAAUUCUCAGAGAAAAUCUUUCCCAUAUUUGAUCCUUGUCUUACUGCAGAAAGAAAUGAAGACCUUCCUCUUAUGAUUACUAUGGUGCAGGUAAAUUAGUGACAGUACACUCCAUGCAUAGUGUAGCUCCAGCUACAAUGUACUGUAUAUGCUUCAACCGUAGAUAAAUUAGAUGGGCACGGUCAAAUGUUCCCAUCUUUCACUCUCAUUUGGAAUAGAGGCAUCUACGCAAUGGGGGACACAGGACGUGGACUCAUUUCAACUAUAGUUUACUUUGGAGGUCUGAAACUUUUAUAUUUAUUGUAAUACAUUUUGCAAAUAUCUUGAUUAUAUUUACCUUCCUUAUUGUGACAAAAUGAAAUGUAAUCCUAAUUAUUCUAAUAUCCAUUUUUGAAAUGUACGGUUUAUCAAAUGGAAAUACUGUAUUUCAAAUCAAACGUUAUUUGCCACAUGCACCGAAUACAAAAGAUGUAGACUUUACCAUGAAAUGCUGACUUACACGCCCUUAACCAACAGUGCAGUUCAAGAAGAAUAAACUUUUUAUUUUAGCCUACUUGGUAAAUAUUAACACAAAAAGAAUAACGAUUUUUAUUUGUAUCGGUGUGCAUAGUAUCUACUGUUGAAAUCGGAAGUUUACAUACACUUAGGUCGGAGUCAUUAAAACUCAUUUUUGAACCACUCCACACAAAUGUCUUGUUAACAAACUAUAGUUUUGGCAAGUUGGUUAGGACUUCUACUUUGUGUAUGACAAGUAAUUUUUCCAUCAAUUGUUUACAGACCGAUUAUUUCACUGUAUCACAAUUCCAGUGGGUCAGACGUUUACAUAAACUAAGUUGACAAGCUUGGAAAAUUCCAGAAAAUUAUGUCAUGGCUUUAGAAGCUUCUGAUAGGUUAAUUGACAUCAUUUGAGUCAAUUGGAGCUGUACCUGUGGAUGUAUUUCAAGGCCUACCUUCAAACUCAGUGCCUCUUUGCUCGACAUCAUGGGAAAAUCAAAAGAAAUCAGCCACGACCUCAGGAAAAAAAACUGUAGACCCCCACAAGUCUGGUUCAUCCUUGGGAGCAAUUUCCAAAUGCCUGAAGGUACCACGUUCAUCUGUACAAACAAUAGUACGCAAGUAUAAACACCAUGGGACCACGCAGCUGUCAUACCGCUCAGGAAGGAGACGCGUUCUGUCUCCUAGAGAUGAACGUACUUUGGUGCGAAAAGUGCAAAUCAAUCCCAGAAAAACAGCAAAGGAUCUUGUGAAGAUGCUGGAGGAAACAGGUACAAAAAUAUCUAUAUCCACAUUAAAACGAGUCCUAUAUCAACAUAACCUGAAAGGCCGGUCAGCAAGGAAGAAACAACUGCUCCAAAAAAGCCAGACUAUGUUUUCCAACUGCACAUGGGGACAAAGAUCGUAUUUUUUUGGAGACAUUUCCUCUCGUCUGAUGAAACAAAAAUAGAACUGUUUGGCAAUGAUGAAAAUUUGUGGGCAGAUCUGAAAAAGUGUGUGCGAGCAAGGAGGCCUACUAACCUGACUCAGUUACACCAGCUGUUAGGAGGCAUGGGCCAAAAUUCACCCAAUUUAUUGUGGGAAGCUUGUGGAAGGCUACCCGAAACGUUUGACCCAAGUUAAACAAUUUAAAGGCAAUGCUACCAAAUACUAAUUGAGUGUAUGUAAACUUCUGACCCACUGGGAAUGCGAUGAAAGAAAUAAAAGCUAUAAUAAAUAAUUUUCUACUUUUAUUCUGACAUUUCACAUUCUUAAAAUUAAGUGGUGAUCCUAACUGACAUAAGACAGGAAACGUUUACUAGGAUUAAAUGUCAGGAAUUGUAUAAAACGUAAAAUGAGUUUAAAUCCGUUAACUUUAAACUAGUUUAAAUGUGUUUGGCUAAGGUGUAUGUUAACUUCCGACUUCAACUGUAUGUGUUAUUUUUUUAAUACAUUUGCAACAAUGUCUAAACCUGUUUUCACAUUGUCAUAAUGCGGUGUUUUGUGUAGGUUGAGGAUUUAUAUUUUAUUUCAUCCAUUUUUAGAAUAAGUCUAAUGUAACAAAUUGUGGAAAAAGUCAAAGGGUCUGAAUAUUUUCUUAGGUAAUCCGCAAAUGCAAGCAUGGAUAGAACUCAAGUAUUUACAAAUAUUUGCAAUAGGCUUAUUCUAAUAAUUCUCAUGUGCCAAUGUAUCUAUACAUCCAUGCUUUGGUGAAACUUGAACUCCGGUAGAUCUGAAAUUCUUGAAAGUCAGGACAAUUAUUUUCCUGCAAAGAAACAUUUUUACUAGUUGAUAAAUUACGUGCCCCGCAGACGUUAAUUAUUUGGCAAUCAUAAUUUAUCGAAAAGCACAAUUACCAUCAUAAAUUUGUUGCAAUAAAUAAAGUUCGACAACAAAUCCACCAAUCACGUUUCAGGCGAUCUUUAGAACGUUUUUCUUAUAAAUGCUGUUUCCAUUAUACCUGUGGCAAGGACUUUUUUUGCGACUUUGCUUUUGUCAAAUAAACCUGGGUAACCUGCCUAGUGACAUUGCCACUUUGUCAGCUAAGAUGGAUAAGUGUGUUUUUCCAACAAAGUAAAUAGGUACCCUAGUGAAAUUCUUGUAAAUUAUAUGGUAUGAAUGCAUCUAUAUUUCAAUAUUAAGCCACUUUUGUCCAUAGCUACGGGAAGUAGUGGUGCAGAGAGCAUCCCCUGAUGAAUCAAAAUUAAUACAAGAAAUAUACAAAAAUAAAAAAUCCCCCAUAAUAGUGCAUUCGGUCUUUAUUAGAACGGAGACAAAUAUACAUAUUUGUCAGCAGAGAGAAAAAUACCCCCCUCACCCCAAAACAUCUUCCCGUGGCCAUACUGUUGCCAAUCUCUCAGCUUAGAUGAAUAUGUGUGUUUAUCUAACACAAAGUAAAUAUAUGCACUAGUGUGUGACAUUAGCUCAAAUUUACUGGAAGAUAAAUCCUCUACAGGAUCGGUGGGUCCCACGUGGGAUGGUUGAACUAACGUAUGCUAAUGCGAUUAGCAUGAGGUUGUAAGUAACAAGAACAUUUCCUAGGACAUAGACAUAUGAUAUUGGAAGAAAAUCUUAUUCAUGUUAAUUCUUGUUAAUCUAACUUGCUAAUCUAACUGCACUGUUCAAUUUACAGUACCUAUUACAGUGAAAGAAUACCAUGCUAUUGUUUGAGGAGAGUGCACAGUUAUAAACUUAGUUAUUAACCUUUUAUGACUAGGGGGCAGUAUUUUCAUUUUUGGGGAAAAAAACUUUCCCGUAGUAAACAGGAUAUUUUGUCAGGACAAGAUGCUAGAAUAUGCAUAUAAUUGACAGUUUAGCAUAGAAAACACUAACGUUUCCAAAACUGUAAUAAAUAUUGUCUGUGAGUAUAACAGAACUGAUGUUGCAGGCGAAAGCCUGAGAAAAAUCCAAUCCGGAAGUGCCUCAUGUUUUGAAAGCGCUGCGUUCCAAUGCAUCCCUAUUGAGCAGUGAAUGGGCUAUCAACCAGAUUACUCUUUCUCCGUAUUCCCGAAGGUGUCUACAGCAUUGUGACGUAGUUUUAAGCAUUUAUGUUGAAGAAUACCCGUAGGCGGCUACAUUGCGCAAGUGGUCACCUGAUGGCUCCCAGGGUGACUCUCGCGUAAAAUACAGAGGUAGCCAUUACUCCAAUCGGUCCUACUGAAAAACUAAUUGUCCCGAUGGAUAUAUUAUCGAAUAGAUAUUUGAAAAACACCUCGAGGAUUGAUUAUAAACAAUGUUUGCCAUGUUUCUGUCGAUACUAUGGAGCUAAUUUGGAAUAUUUUCUGCCGUUUUCGUGACUGCAAUUUCUGGGCGAUUUCUCAGCCAAACGUGAAGAACAAACGGAGCCAUUUCGCCUACAAAAAGAAUAUUUUUGGAAAAAAGGAACAUUUGCUAUCUAACUGGGAGUCUCGUGAGUGAAAACAUCCAAAGCUCAUCAAAGGUAAACGAUUUAAUUUGAUUGCUUUUCUGAUUUCCGUGACCAAGUUACCUGCUGCUAGCUGGACAAUAUGCUAUGCUAGGCUAUCGAUAAACUUACACAAAUGCUUGUCUAGCUUUGGCUGUAAAGCAUAUUUUGAAAAUCUGAGAUGACAGGGUGAUCAACAAAAGGCUAAGCUGUGUCUCAAUAUAUCUGUGACUUUCAUGAAUAGGAAUAUUUUCUAGGAAUAUUUAUGUCGGUUGCGUUAUGCUAACUAGUGUCAGAUGAUGACAACGGUCCCGUUCAUGGGAUGGGGUGUCACUAGAGGUUAAUAAGCCAAUUAGGCACAUUUGGGCAGUCUUAAAUCAACGUUUUGAACUGAAAUGCAAUGGUUCAUUGGAUCAGUCUAAAAGGUUGCACAUACACUGCCAUCUAGUGUCAAAUCUAAAUUGCGCCUGGGCUUGAAUAAUACAUUAUGGCCUUUAUUUUUUACAAAGUCGAUACAAAAAAAGCACAUGUUUUUUUCUUUGUAUAAUCUUUUACCAGAUCUAAUGCGUUAUAUUCUCCUACAUUCAUUUCAUAUUUCCAAAAACUUAACUGUUUCCUUUCAAAUGAUAUCAAGAAUUUGCAUAUCCUUGCUUCAGGUCCAGAGCUACAGGCAGUUUGAUUUGAGUAUGUAAUUUUAGGCGAAAAUUGGGGGGGAAAGGGGCGGAUCCUGGGUAACCUUAUGCAAAUUUAGUCCAGGCCUCCCAAAGUGGCGAAGCGGUCUACGGCACUGCAUCGCAGUACUAGCUGCGUCACUACAGAUCCUGGUUCGAUACCGGGCUGUGUUGCUGCCAGCCGCGACCCGGAGACCCAUGAGGUGGCACAAAAUUGGUCCAGAGCGUCCUGUGGUGGGCAACAGGAGCACAUGCACGCUGACACGGUCGCCAGGUGUACGGUGUUUCCUCCGACACAUUGGUGCUGCUGGCUUCCGGGUUAAGCAAGCAUUGUGUCAAGAAGCAGUGCGGCUUGGCAGGGUCGUGUUUCGGAGGACGCACGGCUCUUGACCUUUUCCUCUCCCGAGUCCGAAUGGGAGUCGCAACGAUGGGAAAAGACUAACUAUCAAUUGGAUAUCACAAAAUUGGGGAGAAAGAUGUAAAAAAACAAAAAAUUCAUUACCCAGCCAUUUUAACUGAGAAAACAUUUAGCAAUUCAAGAGAAUACGCCAUUUAAUUAGGAGUGGGAUGUAAUAAAUUGUCAGACUCAGAACGUGACAUCAAAACCAGUCCAAUAAUGUUAUUAAACAGUAACACAUACCAGUGUUUUAAAGUAGAAAUAAAGAACAAUCAUUAGGAAUCCUUAAAUCCCCAAUUACCAUGUGAAGUUUCACAACCUUGAAUUUUUUUUUUUAAAGGUGUAAGUAUUUAACCAGUUCAAUAAAAUGUAUGAAUGUCAGAAUUAACAUAGUGAACAGUAACUCAUUAACCUUUUAUUUUAUUGUGUGUGUGUGUGUGUGUGUGUGAAAGCUGGGGGUGUUUCUUCAGUUUGAAGUUUAUUGAAGUGUCAUGACUGUCCUGAUCAGGUCAGGCUACAGGAGACCACAACCCUACAAAUUAACUCUCAUCCCCAACAGAGGAGGAGUAAUCUAGGGUCUGAAGAUGUGGGGGGUUUAUGACCCAUCACGCCCAUGGUAAAUCUUAGGCCACAGACAACAUUCCUUUGUCCUCUCACUAUGGAGAACCAGCCUCAGAACAUUAAACAUGCAAUAAAGGGACUUUGGAACAAUGGUUUCUGUCAGCCACAAUGGUGGUCAUGACGAUAGAUGGAAUAUGGAAAUGUAUGCCAUUUUUGUUUUGUUAUUAAAAGGUUAAUAGAUGAUGUUAUUACGAAAACAUUGUAACGGUAAGAGAGUUUUCCUAGGAUAUUCUUGAUGUUUAUACAUUGUACGUUGUGUGGAAAAUGUCCAAAUCAAAGAGAAUGUUUUGGUAUAGAUGAAAUGUGAAGUUAGUUGUCUAAAAUUGGAUUUGAGUACAAUCUAGACCUUGCCUCUUAACUUGGUACGCCCAGAGAAUUGCCCGAAAGGUGGUUACGCCCACUUCUGACCCGAGGGUAUAAGACCUGUGAGUUAGAAUGAACAGAUCAGACUAAGUGACCAGAGCUGCAGCCGAGGUCAAAAAAGUAAACGAACCCAAAAAGACAAAAAUCUUUUUCUACCCAUGCUACUGAUGAGUAGCUGUUUCUAAGCGGUUGAAUUCAAGCCGGACCACCUAGCCUCCACUCUCCAUCAAAUCGUGGUAUCUACACGGUUUCAUUCCUACGCUGUGAGCUUUGAGCUACAGAGCUGUCUGUCCUCAGUAGACCCCUAUCAGAGCAAGGGCGAGGAAUCAGACCACUAAACCAAAAGGACACUGACAUCGUGAGGACAACCAGAGAGUUGCGCAGGAGAAGUGCGUUGCGCAGGAGAAGUGCGUCAUUGAGAAGCCUAAACGACCCACGCGGAGCUUCACAUCUGAGACCUCCAACACAUAAUUACAUCAUUAUAUUCUGACCCAUAAGAGCGGCAGUUUGGGGCAAGGCUAGGGUUAAAAUAAGCAUAGCUGACAAAUGCACCCAAAUGUAUAUUUCUCUCAUGUACUUCCUCUUUCUCUCUCUUAACUCCCCAUUUUGGGUGACACGCACCAUAGUGCACCAAAGUUCUGAUCAAUAGCCUAGACUGUGUUUUUGUGUAUAUUUUAACAUAAUUUUAGCUUUCUAGUUAAUAAAUAAUCAACUAAGAUUGGUGUGGCACGAACUCAUUGGUGGGACCCAGGUCCGUACCUAUUCCCUGAUUAUUGUCACGCCCUGGCCAUAGAGGCUUGACUAGGGUGGGCAUUCUGUUCUUUUUUCUAUGUUUUUGUAUUUCUUUGUUUUUGGCCGGGUAUGGUUCUCAAUCAGGGACAGCUGUCUAUCGUUGUCUCUGAUUGAGAACCAUACUUAGGUAGCUUCUCCCCAGGGUUUUUGUGGGUAGUUGUUUUCUGUUUUGUGUCUGCACCAGACAGAACUGUUUCGUUCAUUCUCUUUGUUGUUCAGUGUCCAGUUCUAAAUAAAAGUAUGAACACGUA